AUGAAGUUAUAUGUGAUUUUUAUAAUUAUUUGGGCUUUCCUAGGAACAUCUGAGAGCUCUGACUAUAGAGUCUGUGGAGACAGACCCCUAGCGGAGGAUUUCCGUGGCUCCCGCGUGGUGGGAGGAAAGGAUGCGGAGCCUGGUAACUGGCCCUGGAUAGUCAGCAUCCAGGAGUACAGGGACGAUGAGUAUUCCCACGUAUGCGGAGGUUUCGUCCUUAGUAAUUUAUGGGUUCUGACAGCUGCCCAUUGUUUCCGGGAUGUUGGCGAUGAAUAUUAUGGCUGGAGACUCGUGUUUGGGGCAAACCAACUCUCAGACAUGGGGGCACAUGCUCAGAUCAGAAUCAUAAAAGAGAAGAUCGAACAUGAGACGUACGACCCGCAUACUAAGCGUGAUGACAUCGCCUUGCUCCGGCUCAAUCAAUUUAUCAAAUUUGAUGACUACACUCAGCCUGCCUGCCUUCCUGCCAAACACGCCAUUGUGGACAAACUGGAUGACUGCUACGUCGCUGGCUGGGGUGUCCUCAAAGAAGGAUCCUCAGAAACAUCAGAUGUCCUUCAAGAAGCCCCAGUGAAUUUAAUUCCAGUUGACCGUUGCAACCGCCCAACCUGGUACAACGGAGCAGUGGGUGACUACAACCUGUGCGCUGGAUAUGAGCAGGGAGGCAUCGAUAGUUGCCAGGGUGACAGUGGAGGACCUUUAAUGUGCAAAAAGAGCAAAGCUAAGUUCUAUACUGUGGUCGGCAUAACCAGCUGGGGCUCCGGCUGUGCCCAGGAGAAAAGCCCUGGAGUUUACUCCGCCACCCAGUAUUAUCUCGAGUGGAUUUCUAAACAUCUUUCUAAGAACAAGAACCCUGAAUCCGAGACCAUGAAAAAGAGGGCCGAGAAACAAAUCGCUCCAACUGUAGCUGAAAAAAUCAGCAGAGUCUGUGGAGACAGACCCCUAGCGGAGGAUUUCCGUGGCUCCCGCGUGGUGGGAGGAAAGGAUGCGGAGCCUGGUAACUGGCCCUGGAUUGUCAGCAUCCAGGAGUACAGGGACGAUGAGUAUUCCCACGUAUGCGGAGGUUUCGUCCUUAGUAAUUUAUGGGUUCUGACAGCUGCCCAUUGUUUCCGGGAUGUUGGCGACGAAUAUUAUGGCUGGAGACUCGUGUUUGGGGCCAACCAACUCUCAGACAUGGGGGCACAUGCUCAGAUCAGAAUGAUAAAAGAGAAGAUCGAACAUGAGACGUACGACCCGCAUACUAAGCGCGAUGACAUUGCUUUGCUCCGGCUCAAUCAGCCCAUCAAAUUUGAUGACUACACUCAGCCUGCCUGCCUUCCUGCCAAACACGCCAUUGUGGACAAACUGGAUGACUGCUACGUCGCUGGCUGGGGUGUCCUCAAAGAAGGAUCCUCAGAAACAUCAGAUGUCCUUCAAGAAGCCCCAGUGAAUUUAAUUCCAGUUGACCGUUGCAACCGCCCAACCUGGUACAACGGAGCAGUGGGUGACUACAACCUGUGCGCUGGAUAUGAGCAGGGAGGCAUCGAUAGUUGCCAGGGUGACAGCGGAGGACCUUUAAUGUGCAAAAACAGCAAAGCUAAGUUCUAUACUGUGGUCGGCAUAACCAGCUGGGGCUCCGGCUGUGCCCAGGAGAAAAGCCCUGGAGUUUACUCCGCCACCCAGUAUUAUCUCGAGUGGAUUUCUAAACAUCUUUCUAAGAACAAGAACCCUACAUCCAAGACCAUCUAA